GUGCCCGAAACGGCACAACGACUUCCUGUUUUAACGAAUUAAAAGCUUAACCAAAAAAAUCAAAAACAAAAAUCAAAGAGUUUCUUAAUCCCACAGAACAGUCCGAAAUCGCUUUAUAGCUGUCACGGGUAAAGACGAGUGUUGUAAAUGCACACAGUAUUGCACUUUUGACGACUUCCAUCCGCUUCUUGUUCAUUUCAACCCUCAUAUGUAGUGAUUGUGACUGAGCCGAAAUAGCUAACUAGCAGCUAGCUAAGUGUCUUGACACUCCGUCGACGGCAAGAUUUUAAAAACGAAAUUAGUAAAGAAUUGUUGCGUAUGCUGUAUUUUUUUUCCCCCACAAAAAAAAAAGACCACUCACAUUUGUGGAGAUGGCGGCUGACGCAGAAACGAAGUGGACAACAACCAUCAUCAUUAGCAAAUCACUGCAGAGUCAUGAAACGAUCAGGAUGCUCCGAGCUCAACAGCACAGAAUCCGACUGUCGGACAGCGUGGAGUGUGGAUCGUUCAUUUUUCCCCAGUCCGGUACCGCGUUCAAGCUGGUGGAGCCCGAAAAUGUCCAGGAUGAGUCGGUUGUCGUCGAGCGGAUCCAGAAGUUUGUGCAGGUCCACCGCAAUAGUUUCGUGCUGCUCUACGCUCCUUUCAACGGGAAAAGACAACUGGACAUGCUCUCGCUCGUCCAGCAAAAAUUUUUUGGCACUAGUCUCCGCAUCUUACCCGUGCGAAACAACGUCGACAUUCUCAAAGGAAUGUUGACCAUUGCGAAGGCCACGAGCAAGCCUCACGUGGACCGCAUCCGGCACAGGAUGGAGGUGGCCCGGACUCGGAUUGUUGAGAGGAGCCCCGUGUGGGACAUGCUCAGGAACCUCACGUAAAAACAUCCGCCCAGAAGUGGUCCAUCCCGAGCCGGGCCGUGAUUGAUUUGUGCACGUGGCCCGAGGCAUGGCGGGAAUGUGGUCACCUUUAAUGGAAGCUUUUUUUCUUUUACUUUCUCCCCCCGCCCUCCUCCUUCCUCUGGGGAACAUGAAAUGUUAAACAUAAUAAUAAUAAUAAUAAUAGCUGUAAGAUAUCUUCGUCCUUCUCCUCAAGCUGUGCUAACGUGUUUUAUUUCCACACGUCUGGCUCUCCCUCUUCAUCACGUUCCGAAUUGCUGCUCUUCUUCUUUUCUUUUUCUUCAUCUUUGCGGCCCUUAAAAUAUUGAAAGCGGCUCCGCAGGCGCCGUGCGUGUUGACCAAAUGAGGCGUGAGGAGGCAAAAUCUCAAAAUGUCACUCACUGAUUUCAAUCACAAAAUGCCAUUUCAAGCAAAAAAAAAAAAAAAAAAAAAAACGACUUUUGUUCUGACGUUUUUCAUAUGAUUGUUCUGAAACGUGUUUUGUUGCAAUUCAGCAGAUAGUCGUCGCCCGCUUCUUGACGGGGGUGCAAUAAACUUUGGGGAGGGAACAAUUUUUAAAGCAAACAAAAGAAAUCAGCGUUUUGUUGCCGUUGCAAACGCGAGGCCCAAGCGGGCAAAACAAACGUGGCGCACGUGCAACGCAAUCACGGCAAAAAUGGCUUUUCUUCCAAUCUGAACCGGCCAGCGAGACGAAUGCAAAGCUCGGCACAUACCAAAAAUAAUAAAAAUAAAAACCUUCUUCAAUCCUUUUUUCAUUUUCUGCAAAUUCAUGUUCUAAAUGACAAUGGAAACAAUUUUUGGAAGUUAUGUUGUCAGUACUUUUCCAAAAAAAAAAAAAAAAAUCUGAGAAACUGAACGAUUCCGCCGUUAUCAUCAAUUAUCUUUGGGUUUUUUUGUUUUGUUUUUUUUUUAUGUAUUUUUUUUUUCAUUUUUGAGUCAACAAUGCAAAUUUAUUGUCCUAAUUUUUGUAGGUUUAUUGUUAAAUAAUUUUGAAUUAAAUCACAGGACUUAUUAUAUUAUUUGAGGCAACUUUGUUUAUUAACAAUUUAAUAUGUAUUGUCUUGCUGUCUGCGCCCGCAUUAUUUCUUUAUACGCUUACUAAAG